UCGCCAAAACAUAUCUAUAUUCUUUAUUAUUAUUAUUGUUAUUAUACCGUUAAACUACGAAUAAGUUGCCUUUAUGCGUCGUAUCUUAGUAAGUGGUGUCCUCAGACAAUUCGUGAUGCGUCUUUCCUCUUCCGAAUCCACCGGUCCAAGUAACCCCAAGAUUGAGGAACUCGCAACCGCCUACUCGCAGCUUACACUGAAAGAACUUUCAGACCUGCAGCGUCGUAUUUUCAAAAAGCUCGGACAUAAUGAUGAGUUUUAUGAAAAAGCGCUCUUAAGAGGUCUUGGGGGUGGUGGCGGUGGUGGGAAUGUGGCCAUGGCGGCAGUACCCGCGGCAACCGCGGCGCCGGAAAUGGUGAACACCGGUGCCACCGCGGAACCUGUUAAAGAGAAGAAGAAGAUCGAAAAAAAUACUUUCGAUGUGAAGUUGGAUAAGUAUGCACCCGAAAUAAAGAUAAAGUUGAUCAAAGAGUUGCGUACAGUGACCAGUUUAAGUAUCGCAGACGCAAAAAAGGCGAUCGAAAAGGCCCCUGGUCUGGUUGUCACCAACAUGUCGAAGUCCGAUGCUGAAAAGUUGAAGGAGCUUUUUGAAAAGUUAGGAGCGAAAGUAGAACUCUUGUAG